AUGGCGUAUGCUGCUGAUACAAAGGAAUCCGACUCUGAGUCGUCGAUACGGCCCAACAUGCCUUUUCUUCACCAGGUCCAAAGCGUCACAGUCACAAACGAAAUGUUUGAAAAGCUAUAUCUAAACCCCGCGAACCGCGUCAAAGGCAACCUUGGACAGACCUUUGCGAACCCGACCCCUCUUCCACUUCUCGGUUUCCUCAUUGCUUCUACACCUCUGAGCUGUGCGCUGAUGGGCUGGCGCGGUGCUGGCGGCGGCGGCGCCGCGACCAUUGGCACUUUCUACUUUUUCGGCGGCAUGCUGCAGAUUCUGGGCGCGAUUCUGGAAUGGAUCAUUGGCAACACAUUUGUCUACAUUGUUUUCGGAUCCUUUGGCGCUUUCUGGCUCGCCUUUGCAGUCACGCUUACUCCAUUCUUCAAUGCCCAGGGCGCAUUUACCGCCAAUGCCACGACGGCUGCGGAAAAGGCUGCUGGAAUUGCUAGUUUUCAAUCCAGCACGGCGUUCUUCCAUGUCUGUAUGGGCGUACUCGUCUUCAUGUUCCUAAUCUGCUCCCUCCGGACAAACAUCGUCUUCUUCACCAUCUUCCUCCUCCUCGACAUUGCCUUGUUUCUGCUUGCAGGCGCGUACUGGAAGGCGGCUGCUGGCGACAUGCAGGCAUUUCACGCACUAGAAGCCACAACUGGUGGUUUCGUGUUCAUAUUAUGUAUAUUUGGGUGGUAUCUCUUGUUUGCUCAGCUUCUUCGCUCGGUCGAUUUCCCCCUCAAUCUUCCAGUCGGCGAUCUUUCGGAGCGCCUGUUUGUUCGUCGACAAAAGGCAGUCAAAGAUGCAGAGGACAGUGCAUAA